AUGCCUCACAGCCACCACUCCCACUCUGGCCAAUUUUGUCGGCAUGCUAAAGACAAUCUGGAGGACAUUGUCAUAGAGGCCAUCAAGCAGGGGUUUGAGGUGUAUGGCUUGACGGAGCAUGCGCCGCGGUAUAGAGUGGAGGACCUGUAUCCGGAAGAAGCAGACCUUAGCAUCGCAGAUCUCCAGGCCGCCUACCAAUCCUUCCUCUCCACCGCAUUAUCCCUGAAACGGAAGUACGCCGAUCAGAUCACCCUCCUCAUCGGCCUUGAAAGCGACUACAUCACCGACCUAGACCUGGAGCGUACCAUCGACCUGCUCGCUUCGCAUCCGGAAAUAGAGUACAUUGUCGGGAGCGUGCAUCAUGUCGGCGGAAUCCCGAUCGAUUUCGACCGCGUUACCUGGCUCAGGGCGGUCUACGCCUGUGGCCAAACUGGAAGUAGCGCGGCACUAUCACCACUCUCAGAGCUCGGUACGGUCGAGACCUCCCCUCUCCAAAUCCAACCCACCUACUCCCCUUCAUCAUCCGAGCUACGCCCCUUUAUCCUCGCCUACCUAAACCAACAACUCCACAUGAUCCGUACCCUCCGCCCAGAGGUUAUAGGUCACUUUGACCUCUUCCGUCUCUGGACGCCCGAGCUGGACGUACGAUCCCCAGAGCUGAACCGGGAAGGGGAGCGAGGAGUGUGGGAGGCGAUACGGCGGAAUGUCGAGGAAGGUGUGCGGAUAGGGGCGCUGUUUGAGAUGAACACGGCGGCAUUCAGGAAGGGAUGGAACACGGCGUAUCUAUGUCGGCCUAUCGCGGAGCUGAUCAUUGAAUCUGGCGGGCGGUUCUGCUUCUCGGACGACUCGCACGGCGUUACGCAAGUCGGGCUGAAUUAUCACCGUCUCCGGGACUAUGCGGAGUCCCUUGGGAUGAAGAGCAUCUACUACCUGGCGCCACGACGGACGGAUGUUGUUGGAGAUGUACGCGUAGACCUCGAGGAAGCGGGCGCGGUCCGGCGAGCCGAUGGCUGGAGCGAGCUUGGCCUCGGGGUGCGCCUCGGCGAGAUACAGGAGGAUAGCGGAGGACUCUGUGAGUGCCGAUGA